AUUGGAUCUUGAUCUCAUAUUCAGCUUUGUUGUGGUCUGAAACAUCAACGGUCUUCACUUGAGGUCUAGAUAUGAAACCCUUUUUAGUUCUCUGCAAAAUAACUUUCCCACCAAGACUAAUCUACCCACUGUACUAUAGUUAGCUGCAACUUUACACUGUCCACUGUUGAGUGUUGACGUUUAGCAAUCCUCCUCAAAUCCUUCAUUCAGGAUUGGAUUUGGAGCUCCUCGACUGAAUCUUUUCUGGGUUUAAUCUAGUUUUUUUUUUUCGGUUUCUUUCAGUAACAAUUUUGUUUCCCAUUCGUCUUGUAAAGGGAAGAACCCCUCUUGAAGUGCCAAGAGAUAAGGGGUUUUCAUUAGAGUUUGAGAUUUCUGAGUUGUUCCCUUUGUUCUGCUAAGUAUACUGUUGGAGAUCCAAGGUGGUUAAUAAUUUACAGAUUUAGAUUUGUGAUCUGUGAUGCAUAUCUGUUCCAGCUAGCUUCAAUCUAUACUGUACUUAUACACAGUUCAUUACAAAUCUAGUGGGGGAACGGAUUUUACUGUUCAGAGUUCCUGGGUAUAUCAGAAGGCAGGAGAGAGAAUGAGGUUUGCAGAGGAUAAGGGUUGUUGUAAUUAUAGAGAAACAAAGGAGAUUUCAAGCAGUACUGCUAUUAGUUUGGAGUUCCACAAAGGAAAUGGUACCAUUCAGGGUUCUCAUUAUCGGAUGGCAUUGGGGAAACAGAUCCCAUCAAAAUGGGAUGAUGCACAGAAAUGGCUUGUUGGAUUGUCAAGGAGAGGGGAUCGAAAUCGUUCCAAGUCCAAACCUCGAAAAUCAAAUGCAGAUGACCGGAGAUUAAUCAGCCCUGUUCUGCAAAUGAAGAAUGAUUCUUAUAGUGGCAGAGAUGAAGUGGGUGAAGAUGAAAUCCCAUGCCCUACAAGUUCUGUUCAAGAUGAAGGAGAGAUAAAGAAGGUGGACAAGCUUUCUGAAGACUCUUCAUCAGCCAUUAGAUCUGUUUGUGUGAGAGACAUGGGAACAGAGAUGACUCCCAUUGCAAGUCAAGAGCCUUCAAGGGCAGCUACGCCCCUUAGAACCACAACACCUGAAGCCAGGAGCCCCAUCUCUUCUAGAUCAUCAAACCCAGGAAGUAGCCAUGCGCAGGGCCCUGAGAACUACCAAACAGAUCUCACAUUAUUGAAGAGAAGAAAUGAAGCUGUGGCUUUUGGCAGGGUAGAGGGUGAGACCAGGUGGUGUAACCGAGAGGAAGAAGAAUCCAAUGCUUGCAAGAUAUAUGAGCACAAGAACAAUGAGCAAGCAAGGAAGCCCAAUCCUUUACAGAACCAGGCCAUGGCUUGGGAUGAAGCUGAGCAAGCAAAAUACAUGGCAAGGUAUAAGCGUCAAGAGGUGAAGAUACAGGCUUGGGAAAACCAUGAGAUGCGGAAAGCAGAAAUGAAAAUGAGGAGGAUGGAGGUGAAAGCUGAAAGGUUGAGAUCUCGAGCACAAGAGAAGUUGGGAAACAAGCUUGUGGCAACACGUCGAAUAGCUGAAGAAAAACGGGAAAAUGCUGAGGCUAAACUGAAUGAGCAAUCUGUAAGGGCUUCUGAGAAGGCAGACUACAUAAGAAGGACUGGUCAUUUACCCUCAUCCUACUCCUUCAAGCUGCCUUUGCUAUGCUGGGAUCAGUUCCCCGUGAAAGUUUAAAUCAGCUCCUUUUGUUUCCACAAAUGCCUCUAUGCUGCCAUCAAGAGUGUUUAGAGAGACAUUUAUGAAAGAAAAAGAACACAUGUCACAACAAAACGUUAUGUAAAGGGUCUGUUACACUCCGCCUAGGGGAGUUGACCCGGGCUAGCCAAAUCCUACAAAAACUUGAGCUUUAUUUCCCUUUGACUUUUUGGCAGUUGUUGAACUCACCUCUCCAAAUUUUAUAACAACACUUGGAGUUUAUUUAUAUUGAUCUAGAAUUUAACUAUACUUAGGUAAUGAUAUUGACACAUCCACCUACAAUGGCCCCAACCAGUAAGGGUGUCUUGGAACCCAACUCCCAAUAAGUGUUAUAUACAUUAUGAUAUACAGAAGACUAUAGGUUCUCUAGACUCAACCCCCCACCCCAAACCACCCUAGAGAGGAAUGUCUUGGUGGGGUGGCUGUUUCUACUCUUUGUGGGGUUGAUAUAGCCUAUCCAACUACCAGAAAAAAAAAAGCAAUACAACAGAAGGAAAACACUUCAUUUAUGUACUCAUUUGAGAGGCUUCACUGUUCAGUGAAUUAUACUCUUAAGGAAGGAGCUAAGUAAUUUCGACAGAUCGACUUGAUUUGUAUAGAACAAUCGAAUCCCAUCUAUCUGGAUCUGAGGAACGAGCUCAAUCAGAUUAAGAAAGAAGAUCGAAAGCGCUUAGGAGGUAUAGGAACAGUGAUUCCAAGAGCGGAAUGAGAAUGAAUACCACACAGAAGAGUCAAGAUUGGCCGGCUCCUUGGAAAUAUUUACCUGAUUCAUUCCGGAUCAAAGGGUGGUUGUUGAAAGACGCAUUUAUUCUGAAAGAUCCAAGUGAAAUACAUAGUGAGCAGCAAUAGACGAAACUCGAUGUAAACCAUGAAUAGGUAAAGAUGUCCACAGGCAUUUGUGUGCAAUCCGAGUGGUCCUACAACCCAAAUAUGCUUAGAAUAUGAACAUGCAAAAAACAAAUGCCAUAUAGUUUCGAGAUCAUUUUAACAAAUAGGGCAUUAAGCAAUUACAUUAGCAAACCUACACAAUUUAACUCUUGUAAGAAAAGCAUCUAUGAGAACUUUCCAACGAGAAUUUUCAAAGCGAUGAUAAGAAACUUCUUCCCAUGACGAUGGUAAGAAACUUCUGUAGCAGUUCUUGUAGUAAGGAUGCCAUUUGGUGAAAAGGACAAUACCACUUACUAGCAAUAUGAGUAUCAACAGAUUGAACAUUGGAAAUUAUCAUAACAACCUUGCAAAAUAAAAAUUUACCUUAACAACAAAAUGGUUUUGCAAGGGAAGAACAUUCCAAUGGAUCCCUCGAAAAUGCAAAAUUUGAUCAUGGAGAAAUUUGUACAAUUCAAAAGUAAACUUGUAUUGUUUCCAUCCAUGGCAAUUCAGAUAGAAUUGGCCAGAAUCGAUCCCAAGAACCCUAUAAUCAGCCGUCAGAUAAAAAAAAAACACAUCGUGCUCCUAGACAAAGAACCACUUUCCAUAAUAUUAUGGGCUAGAGAUCGCAAACUGUGGUCAUGUACGUGUGCUGGGCACAACAUGGAGGGAAUUAUUUAUUGAAAAAAAUUGCCUAGAUCUAUUAGAUAAGACAAUUAGUAACAUUUUUCUCGUAAACCUACAUUUUUUUAGUAAUUAUUGUUUUAAUCUAGUAGAUCUAGGAAACUGCUUCCUUUUAUUUUAUGGGGUAGGGUAGUAAUUUUGUAUGCUCCUGUGUCUAGGUGUAGGAGCCACAUGACCAAGCAGUGUUCUUUUUCCUUAAAUAAUGUCUGAUUGUGUGGCUCUUGCACUUAAACACAAGCAAGCGAAAUUACCAAAAUUUCAUUCAUGUUCAUCCUCCUAUGUGUUCUCAUUGACCUGUGUUGAUGAAUGGGCCACGUUACCAGGCAGCGAUCUAAUCAUUUAUGCAAGUGAUAAAAUACAAGACAUCAUAGCCCAACAAUAGACGUAGUCUGAAAAAAGUUUGGAACUGACCUGUUCCAUAGAGUAAUCCACCAAAAUGAGUAUACUACAUGAGUUAUUGACAAGAAGAUUUGAUGAUGAUGUCUUGCAUGAAGAACAGAUGAACCCAGAUGUCAUGAAGAUACUUGAAACCCUCUCCAUUUCCAUAUAAUACUGUUAAGAUUACUGUCCUCACAACAACUUCCUUGACAUCAUCCACAAUUAAUUUGAAUCCUUCAAGAUGAUAAUAUAACGGAAGGUUUGAAGUAUCUGCAUGACAACUGGGUAGACUCUGAUGUUGAGGUGCUUCCAGUUCCAAACGCCUCUCUCUCUCUCUCUCUCUCAGAAUCGAUCGGGCUUGAUAGGUUUCGGUCGGUUCUAAUCGAUUUCCACUGAUUUAUGGUCUCUCAUUAUGUCUCGUUUCUAUUUCAUUAGUUGGUUAUCGGACUCUGAAUUGGGGAAAAAAGUACUCGAAACGAUGAUAAGAACAACAGAAGAUACAUAGAUCUAAUCGAAUUCAUCUCUGAAAAACUUAAAAGUUCGGAAAGAUCGAUUCCAAAACCCUAGAAAACCAAGAACAAGGGAAAUCCAAAUCGAUUGAUAAUGGAAGAUAGAACCAAGAUAAACGAUCCAAGGAGAGUGUUGAGGUGCUUUCUAGAAUCUACGCUGGGAAAGAAAUUGAAUCCUUGAUGAUGAUAUAAUAUAAUGGAGGGUCUCAAGUAUCUUCAUGACAACUGGAUGGACUCUGAUAUUGUUGAGGGGCUUCCAGUUCUAGAGAGGUACUCGUUGGAAUGGCAGGGUUGAGGGUUCUUUCUCCAUUGUAAUAUAUACUAAUAGCUUAGCGUAUCGGUUACUGCCGAGUGCCGGUAGGGGUUGUUAUUUUGUUUGAUCGAUCCGGCGUGGUCAGUUUUGGUCAGUUUUGGUUGUUACUUUGGUUUCUAUUCAAUUCAAGAUACGAAAUCUGAAAAUCAAAACCGAACCAUGUAUGGAAACUCAGGUCAGUAUCAGUCAAUUUCAACCUAAUCGGAUCAGUAUCCCUUGAGACCGAUAUGAUUCUAAUCCACUGGUCUGGUAGGAGAGAGUGACAGAGCAAAGGAUGAAAAGGUAAUAAUAUUUUUUUUCUUUUCCUGAAAAAAAGGUAAAUUCGUCCAAUCUAGAGUGAUCCAAUGACUGAUCCAAGAUUACAAACCUUGAACUGAACUGAAACCGAAUAGAUAUUUAUUUUCUAAUUAAAAUGAAAACCAAAUUAACGGUUUUGGUUGCAGUUCCUGAUUUAGUUCACUAUUCCAUUUUGACCAAAUUUGAAUUUUGUUUGGACCCUAUGUUAGCUGUUUGGGUCACAUUUUACAUCUUCAAUAAUAAAAAAAACCCUAAUUUAUUGCUAGUCAUAAUUUACUAUUUUUUUUUCAAAAAAAAAAAAAAAAAAGGAAUUUGUUAUCCACAUUAAUUAAAACAUUAUAAAAAGAAAAAGAAAAAAGAGAACGCUUCUUAAUCUCAGGGUCAAUGAGGGAACAUAUAUUAAUGUAAAUAGGGGUGGAGGUGUCAUUUGCCUGGGCAGUUAGGAAAUGUUUAUAUUCCAAAAAAAAAAAAAAAAAGAUUUAUUCGAUUCCCCAUUUGAUUAUAAAUAUGGGCAAUUCAUUUCGGUUCAACAGUUUCAAUCAUAAAACCUAAACCGGAACCAAAAAAAAAUUUAAAAUCAAAAUGAG